AGUUCCAAAUGUGCCUCAGACGACCCUGAUGAUAGAUUGUUGCGACCAAGGAGAGAGAUUGAUGGGAAGAGGGAAGUUCGGAAAAGGCGCCACUUUUAUGAGAUAUCAUUUUCAGAUGUGGAUUCACACUGGUUGUUGAACAAACAAAUAAAAAUUUUGUGGCCUUUGGAUGAGAAUUGGUAUCAUGGCUUUGUGGAUGGUUACAAUGGAGACAAGAAUCUGCAUCAUGUAAAAUAUGAUGACCGCGAUGAAGAGUGGAUCAAUUUACAGGGUGAAAGAUUCAAAAUUCUGUUGUUCCCUGCUGAAGUUCCUGGAAAAAAUCUACGGAAAGGGAGCAGUUCAGAGACCAAAUCUUCUCCGAAAAUAAAAGGGAAUGAUACAUCCAGUAAAGGCGAGGAGAAGCAGAAGGUAAAGCUAGAAGAUGAUUGCUGCAUGGGCGACAUGGAAUCAGAACCGAUCAUCAAAUGGUUGGCUCGGUCUAUGAAUAGGGACAAGUCUUCCACUCUUAAGGCUGCACGAAGACGGAAAAAAUCAGAAAUAAUUACAUCUGAUGAACCUCUGAAAAUGAAUGGGGAUGUUGUUAGGGACACUGCAGGUCAGUACGCAGAUAGAUCUGCUGGUUCUCUUACAUCAUGUGGAUUACCUGGACCGAGUGGGAAUGAGUCCUCGUUGGAAGGCUCUGGUUUUUGUAAGGGUAGCAUAUAUCCUAUUGUCUAUUAUAGGAGACGACUUCAUACAGCAAAAAAAGGAAUCUACAAGGGGUCAGGUGACAAUAGUGUUGAGCAGCUUCGUGUCUCUAAAUAUCCGGAUCCUGAUGUAGAAUUUUUGCCUUUCGAAGAUUCUGGGCUUUUGGAGAUUUAUUGUCCGUGGAAUGACGGAGUGCCAUUUGAGUUGUCCCUUAGCGUACAGGUCGUUUCGUUGAUGAACUACUUUUUUUUGGCGGAUGUUGACUGGCUUUCACGUGUUGCUCUUUUGCUUCAUCAUGGUACACUUGUGAGUUUGUGGCCACGGGUUUGUUUGGAAAUGAUUUUCAUGAAUAACCAAGAUGGGUUAAGGUAUCUAAUUUUUGAAGGCUGCAUAAUGGAAGCUCUUCAGUUGAUUUUCCAUAUCUUGACGGUAGUAGAUCAUUCUAAUAAGCAAGGAGUACAAGGAGCGGAUGCUGACUUGAAUUCGCCAGUUUUCUCAAUUGGUCUCCAAGUUUCUUUCAUCCCAGGCUUCCAAAGGCGGUUCUACAGUUUCCAUGAAGUGAAACAUUCGAAGUGGUCAAACUUGGAACAUAAAUUCAGGAGGCAUUCUUUGCUGGUUAAGCAAGUGUCAACUCCCGAGUGUACACCCGAUAACAUGAAGGCCCUGCAGAAGGUUAUGCAGAAGAGAUCUAGGCAUGGAAUCAGCUCAGGCUUUGUUUCCAGAAGAUCGUCUCAAAGGCAACAUCUAGGGUCUAAUUCUGCAAACUGGAUGUCAUGCAGCUCUUCGGUUGUCAGACAUAAGCACGAAACCAGGUCUAACGUUGCCAUGAAUGGCAUUAAUAUUCAAGUUCCAAUAUCUGAUCAUUGUGAAGAUGGUGCGCUGCAGUCAAGUAAUCUGGCCUUGAAUAUUCAAAGCAGCACCUCAAGUCCCAAGGCCACUGCCCCAAGAAGUAUGUGGCAACGAAGCAAAAGUUCUUUAAAUGGCCAUCUCUCACAUGGUUGGUCGGAUUCAAAGGGAGACUUUCUGCACACUAAUUUGGGAAGUGGGCCUAAGAAGCGACGUACCCAGGUGUCAUAUUCAUUACCUUCUGGGGGUUCAGAUUCGAGAAACAAAGGUCCCCUGCACAAGGGGCUUCCGAACAAAAGAAUUAGAAGGUCUGCUGCUGAUGUUUCCGUAAGUCGUCAGAAAGAUUUGGAGUCUAGUUUCUGUGAUGCCAAUGUGUUAGUCACUCUUGGAGAUAGAGGCUGGAGAGAAUAUGGAGCUCAGAUUGUCCUGGAACCUUUUGAUAAUAACGAAUGGAAACUUGCGGUGAAAAUCUCAGGGACAACAAAAUACUCACAUAGGGCACAUCAAUUUCUCCAGCCUGGAUCGACAAAUAGGUUCACGCAUGCUAUGAUGUGGAAAGGAGGAAAAGAUUGGACCCUAGAAUUCCCUGAUAGAGGCCAGUGGUUUCUUUUCAAAGAGAUGCAUGAAGAGUGCUACAAUAGAAAUACUCGGGCUGCUUUAGUUAGAAAUAUUCCUAUUCCUGGCAUCCGUAUGAUAGAAACAGAGAGCUCUGAUGGAACAGAAGCUGAAUUGAUCCGCAGUUCUUCUAAAUAUUACAGGCAGACUGAAACUGAUGUUGAGAUGGCAUUGGAUCCUUUACGUGUUAUGUACGACAUGGACAGCGAUGAUGAGCAGUGCCUUGCGAGAAUUCGCGAGUGUUCGGAUGCUGAGAAUUGUGCCUCUUGUGAGAUCACUGAGGACGUGUUUGAGAAGGCGAUGGACAUGUUUGAGAAGGCUUCAUAUGUAAAGCAGCGUGAUCACUUUACCUUAAUCGAAAUUCAAGAACUGAUGGCCGGAGUUGGAUCCUUGGAAGCAAUGGAAACAACAAUAUAUGAGCACUGGAGAACAAAGAGGCAGAGGAAGGGAAUGCCACUAAUUAGGCAUCUUCAGCCACCUCUGUGGGAAAAAUAUCAACGAGAGGUUAAAAACUGGGAGUUGGCUAUGAGCAAAGCAAACCCUCCAAGUGAGAAGCCAGCGAUGUUUGCUUUCUGUUUUAAGCCACGAGGUUUGGAAGUCAAGCACAGGGGAACAAAGCACCGUUCACACCAGAAGAAACUAUCGGUUUAUGCUCAUCAACAUAGUACUACUGCUUUGGGAAAUUAUGAUACCUAUAAUUCAUCUGGAAGAAGAUGUGCUGGUGGUCUGGCCUCUGGAGAGGAGAGGUUUGUGUAUUCAAACCACAACUACGAGCAUUCGGAGGAAUUUCUGAGUCAUCAUCAUCAUCCUGGGACGACGUAUUCUCCACGUGACCUAGGCAUGGGAUAUUUCUCGAGCGGAUGUCACCAAAACAAGUCUCGAAGAAUCAACGGGAAGAGGAAUAUGAGUGAACGGUGGAAUGCAAGAGGCUAUUAUGAAUCCUCCCCCGGUUCCAAUCUUGUUUGUCUUGAUGCGGAAGAGUUACAUAGCAGUAGUAGUAGAGAUACUGAUGAAUACAAAUUGCGAGAAGCAGCUGGUGCUGCAAGGCGGGCAUGCGCUAUAGCCAAGGCGAAGCGAGAAAGGGCAGAGAGAUUGAGGUACAAAGCAGAUCUAGCGAUCCAGAAAGCCGCAGCUGCUCUCAUGUUUGCAGACUGUAGUAGCAUGGGGACGGGAGACGGCACGGCAACGUAAAUAAAAAUCAUUUUAAAAAAAUAAAUAUUAAAUUUCUACAGAACUAUUACUAUGUUUUAGUUUUGAUCAGCUAGGGAACAAGGUUUGAGUUGAAUAUCAUGUUGCUAUUGUAGCCGUCCAGUUCAAGUUAUAACAUUGCAUCUUGUGUUAUAGAAAGAUCGAACUCGGAGUUCAAGUAAAAUGGUGCUGAAUGAUGAUUUUA